AUGCAUGAAGAUAACUUAUCUACACGUACAGGAAGUAUGUGUUCAUCUUCAGGGAAUAGUAAUGAUAAUAAUAUUAAAAUACCACGUCGUACAUCAGUGACUCCAGUUACACAAAAAUCAUCAUUAGCUCCUCAACCUAGUAGAAAUUCAUUAUGCAAUAACACAACAACCAUCAGUUUAUCUAAUGAAGCAGCUACAUCUUUCCCAUCGGACAAAUUACGUCGUAUGUCUGUGCUAUUUAGCAUUGAUCGAUCAAAAGCACGUGAAGUAAUUAUGGCUGUACUAGAAGAUCCUGCAAGAACUGAAUUUAAACGUCUUAAAAUAGAAAAUGACUGUUUAACUAGUGAAUGGAAACAGGUACGUAAAAUAUUAGGACAACUGCAAGCAGAUUAUGAAACAAGUCGCUCAUUAGAUCCUCUAAGACGAUUUAAAAGUUUACAAGGUAUGGUCAAACGUAUUGUUAUGCAUAUACGUAUCACCGAACAGAGUUCCCUGAAGAAAUUUUCUACACAGUCAGAGAAUUCAAGUGAAAUUACAUUACAAGGAGAUGUUCUGAAAAGUGAAACUAAAGCGAGAGAAAUGGAAAAACGUGUUGGACGAAUGUGUGAUAAUUAUUCAAUUGAAGAAUUAACUAUACAAAAUCGACGAUUAAAUGAAUCAAAUGACCGAUUAGAAAAUCGUCUACAAUUAAUAAUACAUAAAAUAAAUGAAUUAGACAACCUUUAUAAUUCUAUCAGAAAUGAUGGCUUCUUUAAACGGUAUACAAUUUUAAAAGAUGCUGUCAAACGUAUUGUUACUAAUCAUGAUUUAUAUGAAAAUCCUUAG